AUGCUGAUACAAGUUGUUGCCCACCGUUUGCAGUUCGAUUUGGGAUACAUUGCAGGAACGAUGUUUGGGGCCAGUUCUGAAAUGGUGAGCUCUUACAUUGCAUUGCGUCUUAAAUUGACAACUGUGACUGCGUUCGCAAUCACAAUCAUAAUGAUGGCUGCUGCCACUCACACAGAUGCGCAGGCUCGCGUACAAGAGGAACUCGAUAAUGUCGUGGGGCGUACACGGAACCACACAAGUUUAAUCCUCAGCGUUGGAUCGACGAUGCAGGUCGUUUUUGGCCGCUGUCAAACGUACAUGGACUACCUCAAUGAGAAGGCCGCGACGUGCAACCUACUAAUGGAUAUUUGUCGGGCACUCUUCAUCAACGCGGCUCUUAUUCUAUGGGCCUUCUGCCUUUCAGAGAAUCCUGCAGCGAAGAUUGAUACACUUGCAUUCUCGGACAUUGCAAACAUACAUGCUACUCUGUUUGAGAUAUGUUUUACAAAGAGGAUCUAA